CUCCCCAAACACGGAGCAACGUGGAGGUGUUGUGCGUUCGUCCGUUCUUCCCUUCAAGCACCGUUCGAAAGUGAUCACGGGCGGGUGUUUUUAAACGUAAAAGAUGUUUGUCACCGUCACACUGCUGGUGACGGCGAUCACGUUCGUGUACGUGUAUCUGGCAUGGUACAGCAACUACUGGACGAAGCGGGGCGUUCCGGGACCGGCGCCGCGGUUACUGUUCGGUAACUUUCCCAGCUUCAUCCUGCGCAAUCGCCCGUUCGUGGACGACUUUCAGGACAUUUACGACAAGUACCGCUCGAAGGGCAAUGUGAUUGGAGUCUUCAAUGGGCGCCAACCGGCAGUGCUGGUGAUGAAGCCCGAACUCAUCAAAGACGUGCUGAUAAAGAACUUUAAACAGUUCCAAGAUAACGAGUUUGCCGAUUCGGUCAGCAAGGACAGCGAUCCCAUCUUUGGCCGCAAUCCCUUCAUGCUCAAGGGCGAGGAGUGGAAGGAGAAGCGUGCCGAGGUGACGCCGGCCUUUACCACAUCCCGGAUGAAGGCCCUGUUUCCGUUCGUGGAGGACGUAUCGAACCGGAUGAAGCAGUACAUCGCGCAGCACACUACCAAGGGACCGAUCGAGACGCGUGAACUCUGUGCCAAGUACACGACCGACGUCGUGUCGAGCUGCAUCUUUGCGGCCGACGCGCAAUCGUUCACCAAGGAGAAGGCCGAAAUACGCGAGAUGGGCCGGAAGCUGCUCGAGCCGAACUUCCAAAUCGUCGUGAUGUUUCUGCUGAUCGGGUUAAUACCGGCGCUCAAGAAGCUGAUCAAGAUUUCGUUCGUGUCGAAAGAGAUCGAACAGUUCUUUACCGAUCUGAUGGAGAAAGCGGUCGCCUACCGGGAGCAGAACAAUGUUAAGCGCGUCGACUAUCUCGAUCAUCUGAUGGCACUGCGCGCGAAGAAGCAGCUCAGCUCGCUCGAUAUGGCCGCGCACGGUGUGACCUUCUUCAUCGAUGGCUUCGAAACGUCCAGCCUCGCAAUGUGCUUUACGCUUUACGAGCUGGCCAGAAAUCCGGACUGCCAGGAGACGCUCCGGAGCGAACUGAUGGCCGCUCGGAAUGAGGACGGCAGCAUCGAUUACGAUGCACUGCUGGAACUGCCCUACCUCGAUCAGGUGUUGUACGGUAAGCGAGCACUGCGCAUUUGGCCACCGGCCGCCUUCUUGUCGAAGGUAUGCACCGUGCCCACCGAGCUGGAGGUAACGGACGGCCAGAAGGUGCUGAUCGAACGGGGCCUGCCGGUAAUGCUGCCCGUGUGGGCCGUCCAUCGCGACAAGGAGUACUACGAGGAGCCAGAACGCUUCAACCCGGACCGCUUCUCGCCGGCAACCGGCGGCACCAAGGUGUACCGCGAGAAGGGCUGCUUCCUACCGUUCGGCGACGGACCGCGGCAGUGUCUCGGCAUGCGCUUCGCACUGAUGCAGGUUAAGCGGGGUCUGUUCGAGGUGAUCACCAAGUACGAGGUGUCGGUCAACUCGAAAUCGAAACAGCCAAUCCAGCUGGAUCCGAAAGCGUUCAUCGUGUGUCCGCUGGGCGGUAUCUGGUUGGAUUAUAAACCGAUUGAGGCUCAAACCGACCGAACGAUGUUGCUCAUUCUGUUCGGCACAGUUGUGGCCUUCGUCGCAUUAGUGUAUAUAUUUCUUACGUGGGAGUUUGGAUUCUGGGAGAAGUAUGGCGUCAAGGGACCGAAACCGAAAAUACUGCUCGGCAACAUACCGUACUUGCUGACCAAAAAGCGGCACACUGUCUACAAUUAUGAUCAACUUUACAAUGACUUCAAAAAUGAACCAGCCGUCGGAUUCUUCAGUAUACGGUCGCCUCAGCUAAUGGUACGUGAUCCGGAGCUGAUCAAAGAGGUGCUGAGCAAAGGCUUCCAAAACUUUGCCGAAAAUGAUUUUUCGGACACUGUUGACGAAAAGUCCGAUCCGCUGCUGGCCCGCAAUCCGUUCAGCUUGAGUGGGGAAAAAUGGAAAACUCGCCGGGCGGAGAUUACCCCUGGCUUCACCAACAACCGGAUUAAAGCGAUGGCACAUUUGAUGGACGAAGUUUGCGAACAUAUGACCGAUUAUUUGCGAACCCAGGCCAAAUCCAGUGACGGCGUAGCAACGUUGGAUGCAAAGGAGGUCAUGGCAAAGUACACCACCGAUGUGGUGGCUAGCUGCAUCUUCGCCAUCGAUGCCCAGUCGUUCGUGAAAGAAAAUCCGGAAAUUCGUCUGAUGGGCAAGCGUAUCAUGAACUUUAACUUUGUCGUGCAGCUUGCCCUGCUGGUAACGACCUUCUUCCCGUCGGUGAAGAAAUUCUACAGGUUUACCUUCAUCCCGAAGGAUACGGAGCAGUUCUUCAUUCGCAUCAUGCAGGACGCGAUACGCUAUCGGAAGGAGAAUAAAAUCAACCGGACCGAUUUUCUGGACCAUCUGCUGCAGCUGCAGGAUCGCAAGCAGAUUACGGACAUCGACAUCGCCGGGCAUGGUGUGUCGUUCUUUGCCGAUGGGUUUGAAACAUCCAGCAUCGUGCUAACCUACUGCCUGUACGAUCUGGCCAAAUAUACGGCCAUCCAGCAGGAGCUGCGCGAUGAAAUUGCAAAGGCAAAGCAGGUGGGCGGUGGAACCAUGUCGUACGAGCAGCUGGGUGAAAUGGCCCUGCUGGAACAGAUUAUUUGCGAAUCUAUGCGCAUCCAUCCGCUGAUAGCCGUCAUGGCCAAGCGGUGCACCGCCGAUACGACGCUCGUCGGGCCGAAGGAUCGUAAAAUAUUCGUCAAAAAGGGUACAACCGUUGUGCUGCCGUACUAUUCGAUCUGCUUCGAUGCGGAACACUUUGCCGAUCCGUAUAAGUACGACCCGAAACGGUUCGCGGCCGAAAACGGAGGCAGCAAGGCGUACCGCGAGCGUGGCGUUUACUUCCCGUUCGGCGAUGGUCCGCGCAUGUGUCUGGGGAUGCGUUUUGCUGUGACGCAGGUGAGACGGGCGAUAGUAGAGGUAGUGGAACGUUUCUCAAUCUCUGUCAGCAGCAAAACGAUUGAACCGUUCGAAAUGGAUCCGGACCAGUUUAUGUUGAUGCCCAAGGGCAGCAUUUGGUUGGACUUUAAACCAAUUGCAUAAUACUGAGCACGCAUUUUUAUUCACGUUGACAAGGUGCAAUGUAUGUAACUCGGAGUAACAAUAUAAUAAGGUAAAAGUUUUGAAAACGAAAGCCUAAUUCAUAACAUUUCGUGAUACACGAAAACAGAGAGCUUCACAGAGAUGCAAGGAUCGACCUUUAUAGAAAAAAACGCUGAACCGUAAUAAAGCAACACACAAAACGUGAACAAAUUAACAGCAAAACAAUAAAAGAGUAAACAUACCUAAA